UCAUGAAGUUAGCCCUCGGCAGGGAAAAUGCGUUAGGUGAUUUCUGCGCUCCCGUUAUGGCUAAACUCACCUUUAAGGCUCUAAAAAUCUCCACCAGCCUGGAGCAGUGACUCGAGGAGGACAGCAUGUGGGGCAGAAACCUAGUGCAAGAAGCAGCCAGGCCUAAAUGGAAAGUGGCAGAUCAAAGAACUAAACUGCCUGUGUGUCCGAAUGCUGCGCCUCGACAAGGACUGCCUUCAUACACAUUCGGCUCCAAGACGCUGAGAUGUCCUGGAGGCUACAGGCCCUCCUUGGAAAAGGUCAGAAUUGGCCCAUGUAGGUGGGAGGAGCCUGUGCUGCGCAGAGCAAGUGGUUAUCAUGGACGACACGAAGAAGCUAGUCCAGUGCGCCCACGUAUUGUGACAGUGGUUCGGCCAUGUGGUGAGCACAAUCUACGGAAGAUCUCUCUGCUGCUAAACCGACGCGCUGUACAGACGUUUGAGCUGUUGAUGGCUGAUGUGUCAGAAGCUCUUGGCUUCCCAUGCUGGCACAGAGGUCGUGUUCGACGCCUUUUCAGCCCUGCUGGGCAAGAGAUGCACAGCCUCUCUGACUUCUUCCACUUUGGUAAUGCCUUCCUGGCCUUUGGAAUCAGCCGCCCAUCCGUUAGUGAAGUACAGGCCGCGCUGCAGGAGCUGUAUCCUGACAAUCCAGGUUACUGCGACAGCUUGUUGAGGUUGUGGGAGCGGAUCCUGAGGUCUAAAGCUGCCAAGACAGAUAGUGGUUUCCAUGAUGAUGUGCCCCAAGUUGAUUCCACUUUAAAUGUAGCCCUUGAUUCAAUCACACCCCAAUUACCAGCCAAUCAUUUGCAGCCAUAUCGACCACAAGUUAAACAGAAAGACAGGGGCAGGAGGGAGAGGCAGAGAGGAGACUGGGACAACAGGGAAGAUAGGAGAGCACAACAACCUCAGACAAUAGAGGAGAGGAGGACAGACAGGAAGAAGGAGCCAGUUUAUUGCCAGAGCUGUAGAGGAGCUGGUCCACCUAUUCCUCCAAUUGUAAACAAAAAGUCUGCUAAAUUGGAAAAGCCUAAAAAUGAGAGCAAAGCUUCUCUUUCCCAGGAUAGCAGGUCAUCACAGAUAAAAAAUACUGAAGCAAACAAUAUGAAAAAUGAUCCAAACAGCCCUAAAGCACAAACCCCAAUAGAAAUGGUAGAGCAGAAAGACUUGUUGGAACUCCCACCUGACGGUAUGCAGGUCUCUCUGGAGGAAAUCCAGCGCUGCUAUGACAUUGGUGGUGUGGUGGGUGAUGGGAACUUUGCAGUGGUGUAUAAGUGCCAUGUGCGUGGCUGCACUCAAACUUUUGCCAUGAAGAUGGUAGACAAGGCCAAACUGCAGGGCCGAGGCCACAUGAUACAGAACGAGAUCGCCCUAAUGCGUAGCCUGACACACCCACGCCUAGUACGGCUGCUGCGCUCCCAUCACACGGACACACACGUCUACCUGUUAAUGGAGCUGGUAACUGGUGGCGAUCUGUUUGAUGCUAUUGCCAAGUGUCGAAAAUUCAGUGAGCCUUGUGCAGCUAGGAUGAUUCGGGACAUCAGCCAGGCUCUGGAGUACAUCCAUAACAAGAGCAUCGCACACAGAGACAUCAAGCCUGAAAACCUUCUAGUCCAACGGCACAGCAAUGGCAGUAUCAAUCUAAAGCUGGCUGAUUUUGGAUUAGCCAUGGUAGUGACAGAGCCAGUUUUCACUGUAUGCGGCACACCUACAUAUGUUGCUCCCGAGAUACUUGCUGAGACAGGGUAUGGUGUAGCAGUGGACAUUUGGGCUAUGGGUGUGAUACUGUUUGUGCUGCUCAGUGGGUUCCCUCCAUUCCGCAGUACAGAACGCAAUCAGGAGGAACUCUUUCAUCUCAUCCAGAAAGGAGAGGUCCACUUUCUGUCACCUUACUGGGACCAUGUGUCUGAGGGAGCUAAAGAUUUGAUCAGUGCUCUUCUAGAAGUGAACCCCACUGUGAGACUGACAGCCAGUCAAACUCUGCAGAACAGCUGGCUUCUCCAUGCAGCAGCACUGAGUGACCAGGAGGAGGCGACAGACACCAGCAACAUCAUCAACAACAAGAAAGACACACUCAAAACAGGACGCAGAAAUGGGGCCUGGGGCAAGCCGCUGAAACUAGAUAUGUCAGCAGAGAUAGUUCAAGUGGCACAGACUGAUAGGAAAAGAGAAAGCAGCACAAAUAAAUACAGAGAAACCAGCAUGGACCCGAUAGAUAAGCAGAUUUCUGAGAGACCAUCAGAAGUAAGAGAAAUCAGCAAAAAUGGUAACCUGCUGGAGGUGUCAGUAUUAGUAGAAAAAGCUGAUAUACCCGAGUAGUCCAGGUCUCUUGGACGUCCACAUUAAGGUAGGUAGCAAAAUCAGCAUUGUGAUGAAUGCAUCAGAUUCACCAUUAUCACAAAAAAACAUUUUAGAUAACCUCAACCAGAGGCAUAACACAAGGCUGAGCAAAUCCCUGAGCACAUUCAUUCAAGUUAUUUGCAUUUCUUCAAAACACAUAACCGAUUACCACAGGCGUUACUACUGACUCCUCACCGCAGUAUGCAGUGUGAUUUUACUACUUGACAGCAUUUUAAAAAAUACUGUAUAAUUGAUUUUUUUCACCUCUCUAUCAAGUAUUGUUUCCCUUUACUAAGAAAAUAAUAAGAAACCUGUUUAUAUAUGAAACUCACUUAUAAUGGAAGUCUGAAGCUCAAAUUUCAUAUAAAUCCUUUUCAAAGCUCGGACUAAUAUUUUCAAAGGGUAUGAAUGGUUAUGUAUUAACAACAUGCUCAACGUAGAAAGAAUGGUUAUUUGUUAACAAAGUAAACAUGAAAUGCCUCAAUUUCUGGCUAAAUUCCCCCAUUGGCUCUUCUCUUUCAUGGCCCAAUAAUAAUCCCCAUCACUGAAUUGGCUACAUCACUCUCUCCUCUCCACUAAUAACUGGUGUGUGGUGGGCGUUCUGGUGCAUUAGGGCUGCCAUCACAUCAUCCAGGUGGAUGCUACACACUAGUGGUGGUUGAAGAGACCUCCCCCCAAACUACGUAAAGGGCUUUGAGUGUCUAGAAAAGCGCUAUAUAAAUGUAACUGUAACUGUAAUUUCUGCCUAAUCAGAACUGGAUUCCAAGAAAAUAUUAAAGAAAGCGUGAGUAACAAAAACCAAACUUUAUGCUGUACUUACUUAUGUAGAUUUUGUAAUGGGUGACACAGUGGUGCAGCAGGUAGUUGCUGCCUCAGAGCUUCAGGGUGUCCGUUUCCAUCCUAAGCUCAGUGGACUGGCUACAAUAAAUUGCCCCUAGGUGUGAAUAAGUGUGGAUGUGCAUGAUCUCCUACAAAGGACUGGGAUUCCAUCUGGGAUUGAUUCUCUCACCUUGUGCCUGGUGUUUCCUGGUUGAGCUUCAGAUCAUUUGCAACCCUGACCAGGAAUGGAGAUUGAAGGUUGUUGAAGAUGAAUGAAUGAAUUAGGAAUAUUCCUGUGAUAGAAAACUGGAUCAGUAUAGAUUCCAUCCAUCCAUUUUCUAUACCGCCUAUCCUACACAGGGUUGUGGGGGAGCCUGGAGCAUAUCCCAGGAGGUUUGGGGCACAAGGUGGGGGACACCCUGGACAGGGUGCCAACCCAUUGCAUGGUACAAUCCCCCACACACCCAUUCACACACUAUGGACAAUUUGGAAAUGCCAAUCAGCCUACAAUGCAUAUCAUUUGACCCCUGAAGCACAGGGAGAAGAUGCAAACUCCACGUACAUGGGGCGGAGGCAGGAAUCGAACCCUGGAGGUGCGAGGCAAACGUGCUAACCACUAAGCCACCAUGCCUCAGAACAGAUUCAGUAUUACAAUGUUUUGUCUGUGUCAUAGGACCUUUAUUGUUGGAAUGUAAUGGUUGUUGUUUUUAAAAUAAACAGCUGCCCAUUAUUAAAAUAACUUAUGUUAUGAGUGAGUUUAUAAAUAAGUGAGUUUAUAUUUUCCCUUCUUUUCUUAUUACAGGGAAACAGCAAAGAAAAUGUCCAUAGUAAUCACACAUAUAAAGAAAUGAACCAAGUUUUGCUUAAUUUUAUUCUGGACCCCCAGGGUGGUUUCCUUUGGAUUUAGUGGAGUUAUCCCCAUUUCCUGGCUGAGUUGGCACCUUGUCCCAUGAGUAACAUAUAAAAGGUGCCUGCUUCUUUAUGUUCUUCCUCUUUCUUGUUCUCAUCUUUCUGAGGAGUUGAACAAAUGGAUUCAAGAUGCUAAGUAUAGUGUUCUAUCCUUUGUUUCUUGCUAAUUUUGUUACUCUUAACUCUGUACGGUCGCAGUCUUUGAUGAUGGUAAUUCUAAUGUUAGUUGUAUUACUAUUCUUGCCAUGUUUGCACCAAAUGCUAUUUUGAUUUCUUUUUUUGUGGAAGAUUUUUGCCACUAGUACUAUUGUUCCUGUUUUGUUUUUAUUUUUAUUAAACUUUA